AAUUUGUCAAAUCAGUGCUACCAACUACAGAAACCAUGGGAAUAAUUUCGUAGUAGUCGGCAAAUACUAUUUACUACCAAUAUUUUGCUACUGUUUUGACAAUUAAAUACAGGAUCUAUUACUUUGAAAUCGGAGAAUAUAAACUGGUGCUGUAAGAAUGUAAAAACUUUUAUAAAAUCAGGGACUCCGGAUUGAUGCCCAGGUGUAGACCUCCUCACCCUAUGACUGACUUUGCUAUAUAAUAAUAUGGUCGUGCAUUUCACCUGAACAGUGAUGUGUGAACAAACUGAAAUUCAGUAUUUGGACAGUGAAGUGGUGUGGGUGAAAUUAGGAUCAUGCUGGUGGCCGGGAGAAGUGGUGGGCGCUGAAAAGCUCCCCCCUGACGUAUUGCCAUCUUUUCGGAAACCACCCAUUGCUGUGGUAAAAUUCUUUCAGGAAGAUACAUUUGAAUAUGUGAAGAAUAUCAAUGCCAUAUACAAAUACAACUGCAGCCGUAAAGAUGAAUUUAUCAAGAAAGGACUUGAUAUGUUCAGAUCUAAGAAAGGCAACAUGGAGAAGUUUCCGGAGGACGUGGUGCGAGCGGAGGCCGCCACCGGAGGAGACGAGGACAUCCUCUCCCGGGAUGAGUUCCAAGAGACUAAGAAGGAGAGCUAUGCCGGCCUCUUUGGUGACACUCCAAAGAAAACUCCUACUGCAGUGGGAAAGAGAGGGAGAGGUGCCAAACUAAAUACACCACAAGUAUUUACACCGACACGAAAGGUGAGCAAAGGCAACAGCGACUACAAGGUGCACAUCCUGCUGCAGGGCUCCAAGACGCCGGCGCCGGAGCCCGCGCCCUCCACCUCCGCCCCCGCGCCCCCCGCGACCCCCGACACCCCCGCCGCCCCCGCCGCAGACGCCACCCCUAAACCCAUAAGUACCCCUCUCAAUACCACCCCCCUAGCGUCCAGCGCGGCCGGCAUCUACGCCUGCCCCGCCUGCAACUUCAGCACGUCGCGGCUAAACGUCAUGAUCCUACACAACAAGUCGCACAGCCACACGUUCUCGUCCUACACGCCGACGCCGGUGCGCAAGAAACCCGCAGCGAAACCGACGCCUAAGAGCACCCCCACCACGUCCAAGACGCCGAAAGUGCGGCGACCGAAGAAAGAGAAGACGGACAAAGAGCCGAAGAAGCCUAAAGGUCAGAAGCGAUCGGCCGAUGACGAGUCUGGGGGUGAGAACAAGAAGACGAAGACAGAUGAGGAAAUAAAGAGCAGUCUGCUGGCUGACUGGGACGAGGAGUCUGCGGACGAGGCGGACGGCGCGUCGCCGGCGCAGGCGGCCGAGUCGCCCGCCGCGGGCGUCGCCGCCGAGUCGCCGCCCGCCGCCGUGCCCGCCGACCUGCCCCGCGCACACGUGCCCGGCGAGUCCUCCUCCUGCGACGAGAAGAAACCAGACGCCGUCGAGCCCGACGCACCAGAGUCAGACUCUAAGUAUGACUUCUGCGAGGACGAGCCCGAUUGGCCGGAAGAAGCCGACGCGGGCAGAAAAAUACCCCGCGUCAAGAACCCCAAACGCAAAGAAGACACAAAGAGCCUCAGCAUCGAUGAAGAUGAUAUGGCUAAAGAGGUGGCGGAGCUACUGAGCAAGACAACAGUGCCCGAGCUGCCGUCGGCCCCCGAACCCCUUAAAGUCGAGGAAAAUUUUCCUGAGCCCUCCGUCGUGAAGUCGCCCGACAAACAAGUCGACGUGUCGGAUGAACCGACUAAAUCGGCGGAGAAGUCCCCUGAAAAACCUCCCACUAUUUUUAAAACGAAAACGUUUUUUCGUAGUCGACACUCUCGAAGCCAAGAUGCAAUUGGAAAGUAUGUAGCCGAGCAACUGAACGCUGCGGCUGUAGAGAGAAUGAACACAGACAGUGACAUCAAUGGUUCAGAAGUGGCCUCAUCACCUGAAGCACGUGACUCGCCACCGGUGGAGUCCGUAAAAGUGGCGCGACUAGCACCUAAAAUACAAUUGAAGAAAAUGAAGGCAGAAUAUGCACAACUCGCGGAGAAGGAUAAAAUCAACGCUGAUUAUAUCUCCUCUGUGUUGUCCUCUAUAGAAGCAGAAGAUAAAAAUAAUGCACCUGUAGUAGCUAGUGCCAAUGUAAUCAGUGUACCUUCAGCUUCAGUAAGUUAUCCCCCUGUACAAGAAAUAAAGAACGAUGAAGUGGAUAACCAGGCCAUUACAGAAUCACCCAUGAUAGAAUGUGAAGAAGAAACAGUAAGACAUGACGCGGUAGAAAAUACUAAACCAGAACUAUCUGAGGUUGUGAGAAGUAAUGAUCCAGAUAUUGAUAGAAAUAAUGAUCCAGAAGUCGAUAGAAAUAAUGUUCCUGAAGAUGAAAGUAGUGAUGUUCCAGAAGUUGAGAAAAGUGAUGUUCCAGUAGUUGAGAGAAGUGAAGUUCCUGAAGUGGAAAACAGCGAGAUUUCCGAACAUGAAAAGGAAAUCAUUUCAGAAGUUACAAACAACGAAUAUUCGGAACCUAUAACUUGCGAGGGCCAUGACCAAGACAACAGUCAAGACAAACAACAAUAUGAAGAGAUAGAGGAAGAACAGCAAUAUAGUAUUGAAGAAGAUGAAACAUAUGAAACACCUACGGUAGAAAAUAACACAAACCCUGAAGUAAAUAAAGAUGUUACUUCAAAUGAACAGUCAUUAGAUAAUUAUGAAUUAAAAGAAAAUGAGCAGUCUGUUGUUGAGGAAACUAUAAGUGUUGAAGAGGCAAUAGAAAGAAUAGAGAAUGAAGCAGCUAAGGCUCAGCCUGAAUUGAAAACUCCUAACUUAUACAUGAAUGAGAGCACGGCAUCGGCAGUGGACGCCUUAUUAAGUGUUUCAAGGGAAGCCGAUCAAAUGACCAAGAAUAUUAGUGACGAUCCGCCUGAAGACUUAUUUGAGGACGAUAAAGUUGACAAUUUAAUAGUUGACAGUAAUAACAUAGGCGACAGUACCUACAUGGGGGACAGUAAUGGCAUAGAACACAAUUUAAAUAACGGUAAUGUUGAAGAAGAGGUCCAAGAGGCCACUGAAUCACAAGUUGAGGAAGAAACAGUAAUAACAGAAGAUUCAAAUGUUCCUGUAGAAACGUAUUCCAAUGGAGGCAAUCAAAUAAAUAUCAAUGAAUUUAGUGAGCAAAUGGAAAUUGAUGAUUCCAACAUAGCAACUGAAGUAAUAACUGAAUCCGUAGUAGAAAGUGUUCCCUCGGAAUCUGAUCUACAAGUAGCUGAAGCUCUCAUGAACCUCCCUUCUACUGCUAUCAACAGUAAAGUCGUGAGUGAUGUGGAAAACAAUGCGCAACCUAUUUCAUUUGAGAGUCAAGAGCCAGAACAUGAAGUGACCUGCGGCGAUUCACUGCUCAAAGUGAAUACCAAAUAUGAUACACCUAUGGAAACUGAUCAGAUGCUAGUACCACAGCCAGAAACAGAUAUUAGUGAAGAAAUUCAAACCUCAGUAGAAGAGGUUGUUGAGGAUGUUCAGCCCAGAUAUGAAACAGAUCAAGAAAAGUGCGAGAAUUUAUUCGCAGCUCAAUCGCUAGUGCAGAUGUCGGAAGCUUUCGAUCGUAAAAUGAAAAAUGCAUCUGAAACCAAAGUUACCAUCGGCGGCAAAAUAAUUACUACCAAAAGUGAUAAGCCAUGCGUUUCUAUUGACACGCAAAACACAAUCGAAGAAAAGGUAGCCAUGUUGUCCGAAGCUAAUAAGAGUGACGCGAAUACAAAUAAGACUACAAAAUUUGAAACGACAUCGUCUAAACUACUGAAAAUGCUCGAAGAACCUUGCGGACCCAAAGUUAUAUCUAACAAAUUAAUCACAACCAAACAAAUAGUCUCUGUUCAAAAUAAAGAGAAAAUAUUAAAUCUGGAUGUCGCUCUCUCGCCGCUAAAGAGUAAACCUCAGCAGUCACCGAAACAGAAAAUAAUAAUUAGACGAACAGCCCCAGCCAAGACCAUAAUUAACAACUUCAGUGAAGCAAACCGAGCAGAGAAAAUAGUUCUAUCUCGAUCGAAUAAACCUACAGUAGACGGAAAGACUGUUCAAACUUAUACGAUCCAAGCCACCGCCGACACGCCCGCCGGCGCCGACGGAAACACCAUCAUCAUACAACAACAGAAACUUAGGAAAGUGAAUACUCCUCCGAAACUGCAGAAAAUAAAACCGCAAACUUCUUUGGUUGCUAUCACGAGUGAGUCUAAACCUGUAGCACAGGCGACGAGUACUGAGGACGCUCUGUUCGAUAUCAACUCCAUGCCUAUAGUGCUGUCAGAUGAUAUCCUGACUCCAGAGAACAUCGAGAAGAUGCCCAUGGUCAUGUCGGACGGCAACAUCGUCGCCCAACCAGCACCCGCCCGCGUGCAGACGCCAGUUAAAACUAAGGUUACAGUCGCGGAACCAGAGAAGAAAAUUAUAACUAUGCCCGCCAAGAAACCGGAAAUUAAAACUAUUGUUAUGAAUCCGACCAGCUCCUUGUCCAAUGAGAGCAAACAAGGGACUACACCUAACAUUUUAUCCAAAUCGUCCAAAAUGCGAGGACCCAAGCCCAUGCUGGUGAUAGACAAGGCUACGGGGAAGCAGAAAAUUAUCAUGACAAAAGCCGAGCCGACGAAGGCUAUAAAGGAAAUGUCGCAGGCCCCCAAGGUGCAGUCGGUGGGGCAGGCGGCGGGCAAGACGGAGAAGUUUAUCCUGCUGCCGUCGAGCGGCGCGGCGCGGCAGGGACGCACGCAGAAGAUAGUGAUCGACCCGCACUCGGGCAAGGCACAUGUCCUAGUGGCCAAGUCCAGCGAGCCGCCCGCCGACACCAAGCCCGUGUCGGCCAAGCUGCUGCCCGCCGCGCCCGACGCCGCGCCCGGCGGCACCGUCAUGAUCAUCACCAACGCGCAGGGCACGCAGUCCCGGAUAGUGCUCACGCCCGAGCACGAGAAGCUGCUGUUCCCCAACAAGCAACAGAAUACCACUAACAAGCAGCCAGCGAACAUGACGCAACUCAAAGCGAUCACGCAGCGCGUGACGCAGACCACUACCGCCGUGCAGAAGACCCAGAUAGUGACCAACGUGCAGAAAACUGUGGCGGCGCCGAAACCACAGACCAUAGUGAGUGCGGUCACCCACGCGCCCGCCAAGACCACGCGGAUAGUGGCCAAGCAGAAGCCCACCAACGCCAUCAUCACGUCCAAGGGGCAGCUGAUCGUGGGCGGGCGGCAGCUCACGCCCGCGCCGCUGGCCGCCGCCAAGCGCCUCGUGGCCGAGCACAAGAAGCCGGUGCAGAAGGCGGGCGCCGAGCCGCUCAUCUUCCUGCAGCAGAAGAACGGCACCGUCAUGCAGCUCACGGCCGCGCAGUUCGAGCACCUGCAGCGCACCGGCCAGAUCGUGCAGAAGUCCCCCGCCCCCGCCCCCGCCCCCGCGGCCCCCGCCCCCGCCGCCCCCGCGCCGCGCGACAACAAGCUGCUCGUGCAGAAGUCCGUCACCAUCACGUCCAACGAGCAGGUGCUGCCGCUCAUGCAGAAGCAGAAGAUGCGCGCGCUGCGGCCCGCCGGCUCGCCCGCGCCCGCCAAGAAGAUGAAGAAGGAGGUGCUCAUCGCGCCCGCCAAGGAGAUCGUGCUGACGCCCGCGCCCGCCAUCCCGCCGCUCGCGCCCAUCUCCAGCCAGCCGCCGGCCCAGCUGGUGGUGACCCCCGCGCCCGCCGCCUACAGCGAGCUGCAGAACAUCGAGGAGCUGCUGCCCUCCACCGCCAUCUCGCGCGCGCCGCCCGCCCCCGCGCCCGCGCCCGCCCCCGAGCCCGCCCCCGCCGAGCCCGCCGCGCUGGCCGACGGGCAGCUGCUGGCCGUGCCCGGGGAGCACUUCGGCGCGCUGCCCGGCUCCUUCUACCUGUGCGUGGAGGAGAACGGCCAGUUCACGCCCAUCGACAACCGGCCGCUGGUGCUGGAGAACAACCAGCUGGUGCCCAUGCCCGAGCCGGCGCCCGAGCGGCGCGACAUCCUCGAGGCCGCGCUGGCCAACAGCGACGUGUUCCACGAGCCGCCGCGCGACGACGCGCCCGCCUUCCGCGAGCUCAACGCGGCCGUGUCCGGGCACUGCCGCGUGUCCGAGACCAGCACCACGCUGCACCAGCCCAUCAUGACGCCGGCCGAGCUGCCGAGCCACGCCGAGGAGCUGGCGGCGCCCGCCAGCCUGGAGGCGGGGCUGGCCGUCAUCGGCGUCACGCCGCCCGCCGUGCCCACCACGCUGGAGCUGCCCAUCACGGUGACCGACCCGCGCAUCGCGCCGCGCGCCGCCCCCGCGCUGGGCGGGCCCUACGCGCCGCCGCCCGACCUGUACGCGGAGGAGGAGGCGGCCGCGCCCAUCUCCAUGCCGCUGCUGACGGACGAGGACGAGGGCGCGCGCUCCAUGCCCUCCAUGCCCAUCCUCACGGACGACCUCAUGGAGCGCACCACGGCGUCGUCGGCCGACUCGCCCGCCUCGCUCGACGCCCGCGACGACGACGACUGGUCGCGGCGCCUGCGCACGCCCGGCUCCGACGCCUCCGCCGACUCCGCCGAGAUCCCGCUUCAGCCGCACAUACAGAUCUCCGGCGCCGAGAUCACUCACACGAGCUAAACCCCCAACUCUACAGAUAACUUAUUGUGAACGUCUAUGUCAUUUUUUCCGUGCAUGUUACAAGGAAACGUUAAUUGAUUGUAAAGUAAAAUCCUGAUUUCUUCGAUGAAUAAUGUAGCUUUGAUGGACUUUUGAUUUAUAUGUUGAUUGUACGGUUUAUUUUGUUAUCGCCGGCGGCAGGUAGCUGCGGCUUCCGUUGUCGAGGCGACACGUUGUGACGCGGGAGGGAGGGAGAUAGGUAGAAGAGUGAAUUUAAUUUAUAAGCAAAGGUCAAAGUGACGUGUUAAGUGUUGAGAAGUUUUGUUUGUUACGUAAGCAAGGCUUAUAUGUAAGAGUUAAAUAGUUGGUGCCGUUGUAUCGAAGUACUGAAUAGUGUCCGCAGUAUUGGGGAGGAGAUCUGAAUGUAAAUACGAGUGUAGGUCGCAGUCAGGAGCGAUGGCCACGCCGUGGCGGAUGUAUAGUUUCAAGUAACGCGGGACGUCAAUACACAUGUCAAAAUGAUGCAUAAAAUAUUAGGAACAAGAAUUUCCGACUGUAAAUUUUUGAUUGGAAUUAUGAUAUUGUUGGAAAAUAUCUGUAAUAUAUUAUGUUUAGGAAUAUAAUAUUUUUUAUAAUGUUUAGUGAAGUGAGGUUUGUAUGUAAGUCAUCUAGGUAUGGUAUACAAUAAGCCUGUGUUUUCGCAGGCCCCUGCGAGUGAGACUCGGAGGGCGAACGGCCGGGGUCAAUAGUGCAAGAUUCUGUAACAUCACGUUUCACACAUCAUGAUAUUCUUACUUUCCUACAAACUUCCUUAAUUCUUAAUUGCUGUCUAUUAUUUAAAUAUUAUGACUACGGCAGAAGCUUGUGAUUUCAUUGAGAAAUAGCGAAUGUACUUGUGACUCCGGCCGUAUAGAACGCCCUGUGCUUAUAUCAUACUGUAGUGUUAAUUAAGUACAAUUUUGUUGGAAUUAACAUUCAAAUAUUAUAUAACAAGCACACCCUGAUUUGUUUGAUGAUCUAUCUCAGGAUUUAGGUCGACUAUAGGUGUAAACUUCUGUGUAGUUUUAAUAAAAAUAAAUUUUAAAUA